AUGGCUACAAUCCCAGACGAGAUUUUGUGCGAGAUCCUUUGCCCACGAGCAAAAGCUGGUGGAAAAUCCGACGUCGUGUCAAAUUUCAAGACCAUAUUCGCAAUAUCCAACCAAGCAGCGGCUUCCAGCAAUUUCCCCCCUCCGUUAGGAUUAAAAGUCUUCGAAAAUGUGAACGCACAUCCGGAGGAGGCAGGCUUGUUCUUGUUCUGGCGAUCAAUGGAGAAUCAUGAUUGUUUGUCACAAACCCCAGGCUUUAAACCGGCUGCAAAGCUGUUUGGUGAAAAAAUUGUACCAAACUUAGAGACACCCCUUCAACCUUGCUAUCUGUGGACACGGCAAGGUGAGGUGGCUUUGCGUGAUGCAAAUUUCUGUGAAGUUAUCGAAGUUCAGAUCUCUGGCUCAGAGGACAUCGAAAAGCUAGGGGAAUCAUUUCCAACAGCCCUUGACAAGUUAAACCGGUCGGAAGGAUUUCGUGGUUAUUUCUAUGGCCCGAUAUUCGGCGACUCAAGCACGUAUGUUAUUGUGGUGAAAUGGAAUUCAAAGGCGGAUAUGGAUGACAAUGAAGGGUUACAGGAUGUUGAAAAGAGUAUACUUGGUGUUUUGGGCGGAAGAUCCUCCAUUGUCAAGCGACAUCAGAUGUAUACUUAA